AUGUCCGGUUACGAUCAGUACAACCAGGGCUACGGCCAGGGCGGCUACCCUCCCCAGGGCUAUGGCCAGCAAGGUUACAACCAGCAGCCGUAUGGUCAGCAGGGCUACGGCCAGCAGCAAGGCUACGGUCAGCCCCAGGGUGGUGCCUCUGACUACUACGGUGGCCAGCAGCAGCACGGCUACAACCAGCAGCCCUAUGAUCAGCAGACUCAGUACGGCGAGGGCCAGUAUGGCCAGCAGCACCACCAGUAUGGCGAGAACCCCCAGUACGGCCAAGACUCCUACCGCCAAGGCGGCCAUGACCAGCAACAGCAGGGUGCGCCCGGUGAGGCCCAGGAGGGCGAGCGUGGUCUCGCUGGUGCCCUCGCCGGUGGUGCCGCCGGUGGUUUCGCCGGCCACAAGGCCAACCACGGCUUCCUUGGAACCAUUGGUGGUGCCAUAAUCGGUAGCAUCGCUGAAGACGCCAUCAAGAAGCACAAGAGCCGCGACGAGAGCCCUGGCGGCCCCCCUCCCCCCGGCUAUGGUGGUGGCUACGGCGGUCCCCCUCCUUCCCACAGUGGUAGCUCCAACAGUAUGAUGGAUCAGCUUGGCGGUUUCUUCAAGAAAUAG